AUGAUGAUCUCGAGAUGCUCCGUUUCUCUAUUCUUAUGCCUGCUACUGCUACAUGCUCAUGCUGCUCAUGUCGGUGGAGACAUUUUAGAGUCACAAGCACCCCACAGAGAACUUAAAGCUUAUCGGCCGCUGCAAGAUUGUCGUGGGUGUAACAAUCAAGAGGAGGUGUCUGCUUCCGUGCACUACGAUCCAGAUCUCAAAGAUGUGAACAUAGUUGCGACAUACAGUGACCAUUACGGCAAUAUACGGCUUGGUAGGGUGAAAAUGGGGGAUCUUUCCUCGUCUUGGGUUUUGGAGAAUCCUUCCAAUCAAGAACAAAGGUUCGCAGUGUUACCGCGAGCUUCAUUUCAAAAUGAUACCGGAAUGGAUGAGAGUGCAAGUCACUCUAUCAGUAAUGAUACUAAUCAGUCUGGUAUAAGUGAAAAUCAGUUUCCACACUUGGAAUUUACAAGCCCAGUGAAACUGAAGCGUCAGACUUUACGUAAGGAAAGGAGAGGUCAACGAACUCUGGAGCUGAUUCAACAAGAUAAGAAAAUUGAUCAACAGAUGCAACAAGCAGCCAUUGACAAGUCAAUGAGCUUUGAAAACUCAGUCAUUGGGAAAUACAGUAUCUGGAGGAGAGACUAUGACAGCCCUAACGCUGAUGCUAUCUUGAAGCUUAUGAGAGACCAGAUCAUUAUGGCAAAAGCAUAUGCAAAUAUUGCCAAAUCCAAAAAUGCAACCAAACUGUAUGUUUUCUUGAUGCAGCAGUGUGGAGAAAACCAGCGUGUCAUAGGAAAAGCAACCUCUGAUGCUGACCUUCCUUCAAGCGCUCUUGAUCAAGCAAAAGCCAUGGGCCAUGCUCUCUCUCUUGCAAAAGACGAGUUAUAUGACUGCCACAAACUUGCGAAGAAGUUCCGGGCCAUGCUUCAAUCCACUGAGCGCAAUGUAGACGGACUGAAGAAAAAGGGCGCUUUCUUAAUUCAGCUGGCCGCCAAAACAUUUCCCAAGCCAUUGCAUUGCCUGAGUCUGCAGCUGGCGGCAGACUAUUUUGUGCUCGGUUUCAGUGCAGAGGAUGCAGGAGCCAAAGAGAAUGUCGGUCGAAACAAGUUUGAAGAUCCUUCUCUAUAUCACUAUGCGAUAUUUUCGGAUAACGUUCUGGCUACGUCAGUGGUGGUCAACUCCACUGUGUUGAAUGCAAAGGAACCGCAGAAGCACGUGUUCCAUAUAGUGACUGACAAGCUGAAUUUUGCUGCAAUGAAGAUGUGGUUCCGCAUGAAUGCUCCAGGGGAGGCGACAAUUCAGGUUGAGAACAUCAAUGAUUUUAAGUGGCUCAACUCGUCCUACUGCUCUGUUCUGCGGCAGCUUGAAUCCGCAAGGCUGAAAGAGUACUACUUCAAGGCAAAUCAACCUUCAUCCAUCUCAGCUGGGGCGGACAACCUCAAGUACCGAAACCCGAAGUACUUAUCGAUGCUGAAUCAUCUGAGAUUCUACCUUCCUGAGGUAUACCCGAAGCUGGAGAAGAUCCUGUUUCUGGACGAUGACAUAGUGGUGCAAAAGGACAUGGCGCCUCUAUGGGCAGUAGACAUGCAAGGGAAAGUGAAUGGUGCGGUGGAGACGUGCAAGGAAAGCUUCCACAGAUUUGACAAGUACCUCAACUUCUCAAACCCAAAGAUAUCAGAGAAUUUCGAUGCGGGGGCUUGCGGGUGGGCAUUUGGGAUGAAUAUGUUUGACCUGAAAGAGUGGAGGAAACGGAACCUCACAGGGAUAUACCAUUACUGGCAAGACAUGAACGAGGACAGGACACUGUGGAAGCUGGGGUCGUUGCCACCGGGGCUGAUCACUUUUUACAACCUGACAUAUCCAAUGGAGAGGAGCUGGCACGUGCUGGGGCUUGGCUAUGACCCAGCGCUGAACCAAACAGCGAUAGAGAAUGCAGCGGUUGUGCAUUACAAUGGCAACUACAAGCCAUGGCUGGGUCUGGCGUUCGCCAAGUACAAAACCUACUGGUCCAAGUACGUCCACUACGAUAACCCUUACCUCCGUCUAUGCGAUAUCAAUGAAUGA